AUGGCUCCAAAAGGUCGUGCUGCUGCCAUUCACCUCGGAAUCGCUCGUUCUGCUCCUGGGCGCCUCGACAUCGGCUCUCUGACAUUGCCAGAUUCAUCACUUGCGGCCUCAACACUCAAGCUACGAGCUACUCAUGCCCCCAAACCUGCUGUCACUGAGAUUACAAAAAUUGAAUUCGACCCUCUUGGAACUUUCUGCCAUUUCUGCUCGGACGGGUGCGACACAAAGACAUCCUACUUGUGCGUCAAAUGUGGCGCCGUUAUAUGUCAUCAAACACGGCCAGGCGGAUCAGGAUGCAUUGGCCACGACUCGGUCCCAACGAACUGGGAGUUCCUGUGCCCACUGUGCGCUAGAAAGCUUGAUGGAAAGGAGAGGAGCUUGCCUUACAAGGUAAUCGGAUAUGGUAUGCGCAAGAGAGUGAAGAAGGCGUGGCCAGCAUGCAUUGUACACAUAACUUUGGAAUCGAUGAAGGACCACUAUCUGAAACUCCUGAUUAACCUUGACCUUGUGACCCAAUACAAACACUCACCUGCAAAUCUGACCACCGCCACGUUAGCCAUGAAGGCAGGAGCUUGUCAGCAACAGUCGCGUAUGUUGGAGAUCCCUUCGAACUUUAUCACCACCUCCAUCUUGGAAAAUAUUCCUAGCAAUACCUUUGUGAUCAUGGACACACACUCUGACGAGUACACUGGUAUGUUGCAGCAUACCGGUGGGGCUUCGGGAGGAACCAAUACCACGGCUGCAGAAAUCAUAGAAGCCUACCUCGGUAAGAAGUUCAUAAAGGCGAUGAGGAUGGCGGCAUCACAUGCGAGGGAUGAUAAGUCGGUGGAGACAACCAUCAAGGGUAGCGCGCCAUGGUGCGACACCACACCCAAAGCGAGGGGUGGACGACGCGGCCUUAUCCUCGUCACUUGUGGGCCUGCCAUACGGGUUAGUCAUCACUUUGACUCCCUGCUGACAUUGGUGAAGGACGAUAUCUUUGAUUUCAUCAUCGGAUUUGGAGGAUCCUCAACCCUCCCUGUACACGUUGGCCCCACGGUUCAAGCAUUCGUUCGCAACGCUACCCUGUUCGGAAUACCGGAUGUCUGGGAUUCAUUGUGCGAAUUGCUCGCCUCCAGUCCAGAUGUCUUAGACUACAACACGAUCGUGGUUGUCUAUGCCUCGUACGUAGAGGGGAAGCGAAUAGUUGAGAGCAGAGAGAUAAGCAAGCACCGUCCUCCAUAUCGUGCGUUUGGUCAUGAGUUCAGUGCAUGCGCAAAAGAGGGCUGCCGUCCCACAGUAUCGGACAACCGGAUGUCAGCGAAGAAUGGCAAGGUUCGCAUUACCUGUGCAAAGUGUCAGUGGACAUCUGCCUGGGUGGCUAUUGACAAGGACAACGAGUAUUUCUUCCGUGUCAAACCUACCGUUGCCCCAAUGCUCUUCUGGCACCACUUCCCCCCAUCGUCUGGACUCAACAACUUUUUCGUGAAUGCCACGCGAGAUGCCAACCGAAAGGAAUUCAAAGGGAAGAAAGGACAGGAGACCAAUACUGAAACAUCCACUCAUCGCUCUGCAAAACGCCAGAGGUCAUCGUCAAGUUCAGUAGCAAGCAGGGAUGAUACCGAAGGGUUAGCUAUGUCAUGUGAAUGA